CAAUGUUGCUUCCCUGCUUCGCUUGGAGAGACGGCAAUAACAACAGAGCUCAAGUGAUCGAUAGCAAGGAGAAAGGCGAAAAGAAUGGAGAGAGGUGAGUGGCGGAUCGAUUUACCGGGUUUCCGAUUUCAUCCCACUGAGGAGGAGCUGUUGGAUUUCUACCUGAGGCAGAUGGUUCAUGGCAGGAAGCUCAAUUUCGACAUCAUCGGCACUCUCAACAUCUACCUUCAUGAGCCAUGGGAACUUCCAGGAAUGGCGAAGAUAGGGGAGAGGGAGUGGUUCUUCUUCGUGCCGAGGGACCGCCGGAGCAGCAACGGCGGCCGGCCCAACCGGACAACGGAGUGCGGGUUUUGGAAGGCAACCGGAUCCGACCGGUCGAUCCGGAGAGCAGCCGAGCCUCGGCGCGUCCUCGGGGUGAAGAAGACGCUAGUGUUCUACCGCGGACGCGCCCCGCGAGGCACCAAGACAGAUUGGGUCAUGAACGAGUACCGGAUGCCGGAGAGUAGCACCGGAUCCGCCGGCGACAUCCCUGUCAAGGGGGACGUGGUGCUGUGCAAGGUCUACAGGAAAGCCACAUCUCUGAAGGAACUGGAGCAGAGAGCCAAAAUGGAGGACGAGAAGGCGUCACCAGCCCAUAUAUCAAUGGCUACCACAGACAACACGUCCAACUACGACCAAGAAAACCAGCUGCGCAGCCCGCUGGUGCCGUUUCAUAAUUUAGAUGCCAAGGAGAUGAAAGAAGAGGCGGCUAAAGAUUCGGAGGCCACUUCACCGUCAUCCUUGUUACUUCCCUUGACAUCAGUCGUCCGCCCGGUGAUGCUGCCAGAGCUCCAGGUUCCGAAGAUGGACCUGGAGUGGAUGCAGGACCCCUUCUUGACGCAGCUGCGGAGUCCAUGGAUGGACCUGUGGUCUCCCAAUUUCGCCAAUAUCCUGAACUACUAGUUCUCCAACCGUCCUGUCGUCCCAAUAAAAUUGUAUCACUAAAUACAACUUCAAAACAUGUACAACUUGAGUUCAAAAUGUUAGAAUUGUAAUA